GCAAUUGAAAUAAAUUAUUCCGUUUCUAGCCAAUGCUUGGGAAAAUAGUUAAGAGACCGGCAAAAUUAGAUAAAAAGUUAGUCAGAGAUUUAAGGGCAAUGACCGAUCCUGAAGAUCCUUAUCUUACAGUUACUGGAAAGACUAUGUGCACAUCAGACUUUUACGAAGAACAAGCAAGACUGGAUGGGGCAUUUUGCGAAUAUGGCGAGCAAGAAAAGCUCGACUAUAUGAAUCAGCUUCGUAGUAACGGUGUAAUCAACAUCGAGAUGGAAUCGAUACCGUUCGCAGCCCUUACCCAUCAUGCGGGCAUAAAGGCAGCCAUUGUCUGCGUCGCACUCUUAGACAGAUUAAAAGGAGAUCAAGUGAUGGCGCCUAAGGAGGUUUUAAACGAAUGGCAAAUGAGGCCACAGAAACUGGUAGCGAGAUACAUAAAAAGGUACCUCCAAAUGAAAGGUAGGCUUUCGUUCGAGGGUCACGGGUCGAUGGCUGUGAAAAGUCCUAGGAGAUUCAAACUGGUCCAACAGGAAUCCGAAACGUUUGACUAAAUUUGAGAAUGCAAGCUCAAAUAUUCACUAUUUAUACGUGUAGGCUAUUUAUUCUACGUCUAUUAUUUUGU